AUGGCCGCCACUGAGGUCUCAGGCCCUUCCGCGCAGUUUACCAAAAUCAAAAAGCCUGAUGUGCUGCUGGCUCAAGUCCCAGAGCAGGGUAUGCAGGAAGAAACGGUGCGCAGAUCUGGGAGCCCGCAGGGCGCCAGCGAGCUGCAGGCCGAGGGGAGCUGCAGGGCCCUGCAAGCCAAGCACCUGGAGGGAGAGCUGUCGCUGGUGCCCGCCCCAAGCGAGAAGCACAUCCUGACACUGCAGACCGUGCACUUGGCUUCUGAAGACGUGGAGAUGCGGGAGCUGGGCUGGCUGAGUGCACAGCCGGCAGAGGAGGUGCAGGUGGUGGUGCAGGCCGACAGCGGGCUGCCGUCGCUGCUGUGGCUCCGCGAAGAGCCCCAACAGAGUGCGCAGCAGUGCCUGGCCAUCAGCGUCCAGGAAGAGCUGUUCCCACUGCAAGGGGUGGAGGUGAUGCAGUUCCACCUGCUGGAGGAGAACGUGUCCGCAACCGGCGAAGAGCGCCAGUUAGCGGCCAGUGGGGCCCAAAGCACAGGAUUGACCAAGCUUGAAAAAGGUGAGGAAGAGGAGCAGCUGGUGGUGGAAAACCGAUCAACUGAAAGCACAGAAGAGCAAUUCUUUCUUGUGGAAGCAAGACCAGGAGACGAAGGAAAAGAUGAAAUUGUUCUGACAAUUUCCAAUUUAAACGUGGAAGAACAGCAAGAUAAACCUGCAUCUGGUCAAGCAGAUGUUGAAAAAGCCAGCUCUAUAAAAAAUCAAAGAAAAACAAAGGCAGCCAAGCGGACCUUCCGGACCUUCCGCUGCAGCGCCUGCGUGUUCACCUCCUCUAGAGUCUCGAGCUUCAAUCGUCACAUGAAAACCCACACCAGCGAGAAGCCCCACAUGUGCCACCUUUGCCUGAAGGCGUUCCGCACUGUCACUCUGCUGCGGAACCACGUCAACACCCACACAGGAACCAGGCCCUACAAGUGUGGGGACUGCGACAUGGCCUUUGUGACCAGCGGGGAGCUCGUCCGGCACCGGCGCUACAGACACACCCACGAGAAGCCCUUCAGCUGCACCUUGUGCAAAUACGCGAGCGUGGAGGCCAGCAAGCUGAAGCGCCACAUCCGCUCGCACACGGGGGAGCGCCCCUUCCAGUGCCGCCUGUGCAGCUAUGCCAGCAAGGACUCCUACAAGCUGAAGCGCCACAUGCGCACACACUCGGGUGAGAAGCCCUACGAGUGCCACGUCUGUCACGCCCGGUUCACGCAGAGCGGGACCAUGAAGAUCCACGUGCUGCAGAAGCACAGCGAGAACGUGCCCAAGUACCAGUGUCCCCACUGUGCCACCAUCAUCGCGCGGAAGAGCGACCUGCGUGUGCACUUGCGCAACCUGCACACCUACAAGGCCACGGAGAUGAGGUGCCGCUACUGCUCCGCCGGGUUCCACGAGCGCUACGCCCUCAUUCAGCACCAGAAGACCCACAGGAACGAGAAGAGGUUCAAGUGCCAGCACUGCAGCUACGCCUGCAAGCAGGAGCGCCACAUGACCGUCCAUGUCCGCACCCACACGGGGGAGAAGCCCUUCGAGUGCCUUUCCUGCGACAAGCGCUUCCGGCAGAAGCAGCUUCUCAACGUCCACUUCCGGAAGUACCAUGACUCGGAUUUCAUCCCCACGGUGCACAAGUGUCCCAAGUGCGGCAAGGGCUUCUCCCGCUGGAGCAACAUGCACAGACACGCAGAGAAGUGUGACUCGGGCCAGGAGAGGACGGCCACCUCGGGGAAGGGAAGACGGAUGAGGAAGAGGCGGCCGACAGUCCCCAAGGAAGCAGGAAAGGAUGACGAGGCUGCUGCAGCAGAGGUCUCCGUGGCCAGCGGGGCCCCGCUCCCGGGCCAGGCAGCUCCUGUCCCCCGUGAAGAAACAGCAGCCGGUGGCAGGGCCCUGGGUGAAGACAUGACCUGCGAGGUCAUCCUCAACAUGAUGGUCGAGUGACGAGAGUCCCCUCGCCCGCCUUCUGUUCUCCCAGCCCCCUGGCCCCUCCAGCUCUUCUUUGAGACAAGUUGAUGACAGUGAUGUCCCGUUUCCCCAAAGUUUGAGUGGUUCUAGGAGUGCUGACGGUGAGUGUGGGCAGGUCACAAGACUCACGGUCGUUCAUAAAAGAUGAAAGCCCCGGCCGGCCGGCCGGAGGGCAGCAGCUCAGACCUAGGAGUUCACUCUCCUCCAGGUUGGCAGGGUGCCCGUGAAUGCCUAAUGAGUUCUUGAGAGCGGUCAUUUCCGUGGUUUGGCCCAGCUGGUGCUUCCACCGUCUGAGCUGGAAGACUUCACGUUGAACUGCCCACACCCACCCUUGGUGGCUCUGAUCGUAUGAUUUUAAACUCGAAAGACUUAACUUUGUGUCCUUUUUAUGCAUAUGAGUUUUCCAUGGAAUUUAAAGCUACCCUAAUACUUACAAUUAAUUCUAAAUCCAACAAAAAGAUCCUAUUACAGAGGAGAAAACGGAGUAGACGAUGAAAGACAAGGUUAGAGUAGACGAUGAGGAGCGCCCUGUCCCACGGGCUCAGGAGCAGAGCUAUCCCUGAGGUUUGUCUUCUCUGUUAACGAUGGAGCCAGGCAGGUAGGGAAUUGCUCGUUAUCGCUGUUGCUUACGCGUGAAGGAACCUGUACUUUCCUGACGCACAGUGGCGGGUGAGCCUGUCUCUUGCCCUGUGGGGUCCCCACCCCAGCAGCACGGCAGGGGCCUCCUGAGCACCCCAGCAACCAGGGCUGCUCUGCAGGAGCCCAUUUGUGUCUUGGCGUAGCUCGCAGCUGCUCGGCUGUGGACCUUUCCUUACUCCCAUAUUUAAAAAUCAUUGAUAGUUCCCAAGUUCAGAUUCUUAAAAUGCUGAUCUGUUGUUCGGAUUGUCCCAAGUUCAGAAGCCCCGCACAAUGGGAACAUGUGGAAAUAAUUUCCUAGCAAGAAAGGCCUGGUAUCCCCUCCGUGCCGGCAAAUUAAUUCAGUUCAUACAGUGAAUUUAAAUUCUGUGUCCGUCGUACUCUGUCAUGGUGACUGUAAUUCUCUCAUGCUUUACUUUUGAUUGUUGUUUACAGAUGUUUUGCAUCUCAAUGAAAUGAAAUGACUUAAA